CAGCCUGCGGACGUUGGAGCUUCAGGAUGGUUCAUGCUAAGAGCUGGACCCUGAAGAAGCACUUUGUAGGCCACCCUACUAAUAGUGACUUUGAAUUGAAGACAGUCGAACUCCCACCCUUAAAAAAUGGAGAGGUCCUGCUGGAAGCUUUGUUCUUCACCGUGGAUCCUUAUAUGAGCCUAACAGCCUGCUCUGGCCUGCUUGACAUCUGUGGUGUGCAGGGUGGAGAAACAGUGCUGGUUAACGUGGCCGCAGGAGCAGUGGGCUCCGUUGUGGGGCAGAUCGCUAAGCUCAAGGGCUGCAAAGUUGUUGGAGCAGCAGGGUCUGACAAAAGGGUUACCUGCCUUGAAAAGUAUGGAUUUGAUGUUGCCUUUAACUACAAAACAGUAAAGUCUUUGGAAGAAACUUUGCAAAAAGCCUCUCCUGAGGGUUAUGAUUGUGAUUUUGAUAAUGUGGGUGUAGAGUUUUCCAACGUUGUUAUCCCCCAGAUUAAGAAAUUUGGAAGAAUUGCUAUACAUGGGGCCAUCUCUACAUAUAACAGAACCGGCCCCAUUCCCCCAGGUAAUGAGCCCACCCCGGAGGCCAUCAUCUUUAAGGAGCUUCACUUCGAAGGCUUCCCCGUCUACCGCUGGCAAGGAGAAGUCCGCCAGGCUCUGAAAGACUUGCUGACAGGGGUCUCAGAGGGUAAAAUCCAGUACCAUGAACACAUCACUGAAGGAUGUGAAAACAUGCCAGCUGCAUUUACGGGAAUGCUGAAAGGAGAGAAUUUGGGGAAGCAAUAGUGAAAGCAUGAACAAAAAUGACA